GCAGAUGCAGUGUCACGUGUGCGGGAUAGCUUGUCCUCGCUUCUCCAGAGGUGCUGCUGGCGGUGCUGUGCUGGCGGGGAAGCCUUUCUUGCUGCAGGACUACUGGGAUGACUAUUUGCUCUGUCCCCUACUUGAUGCAUUGGAGGAGUUCCAAACAACACGGCUUCGGUUUGGUCCCAUUCUGCCUGGAGUGGGAGAAGUCUUAGCAUUUCUUUAGAGCUCUUACUGCCCUGCUGACCUGGAUACAGGGCUGCUUUCCUCUUGAGCAAAUGAUCUUAACAGAGUUUCCUCCAUUGGCUGGCCUCUCUUGUAUGUCUUUUAAUACUUCUUCUGGCUUACAACCACAGGCUGGGCUCCACUGCACUCAGGUGUUCCUGUUGGCAAAUUUGGGUCAAGUUUUGGCAGGCUGUGCUAGGAGGCAGUCCUUUCAGGGCUGGGCUGAUAUCCAAGUGCUCUUGGACAACAUUGGAUGCUUUGGGAUCUCAUGCCAACCUGAUGUGUGCAGCAAAGCUGGAGAUGGGCUGUUUGUAAGCGCACUGGCACUUGCCAUGUUCCCAGCAGGAACCGUGGACAGCAGUUUCUCCCGCUCUGCCGUGCAGACCCUCUCACGGAGCCACUGCCGCAACAUCAAGCAGAAGAUCUCCCAGUGGGAGGGGAGGUUGGGAGGGCGCUCCAGCAGGGAGAAGCAACAGCUGAAGGACUUUGGGGUAAAGUAUGAUCCAGGCUGUGAUGCUCUACCUAAAGUGAAGCCCAAGUAUACAGAGAUGGGCAAAAACACUGGAUCUGAAGAUCCAAAAAGCCUGGGCUUGGACUUCAGGGAAAAUACAAGGAGACACUUGCAAACUGAUGACUGUGGUGACCUUCGGCACUGUGCAUGCAGCCUGGUUUCGCAGGCGAAGGAGAAUGGAAACUGUCAAGCAGGCCUCUUGCAGUCAGAGGAGACACUGCCCCCAGAUGACUUCUGCACCUCACAAGAGUUGUGGAGGAGAGUAGAUCCCCUUCCACCUGACAGAGUCCUGGCACUGCCCUCGGAUCUUCAGAGGAUGCAAGAGAGCUGUGACUCCAUGGAAAAAGCACUUAAAGCCACGAGGGUGGCCUCUUGCUGCAGGGCAGAGAGGAGCUUGGAAAACUUUCACUUGGAGGCUGAGGGACAAGAGGUGGAGCCAGCAGCUGUCCCACCACCCAAGCCCCGAAGAACCUUCUGCUAUCUUUCAGAAAAGCACCUUAGCAGCCACAGCCAUGCCAGUGGUAGAAAGGAAACUGCCCUGCAAAAUAUCUGUGGAGGAGACUUGGUGCCAUCCUCUCACAGUCCUGAGAAGAGAAGAGUGUGCAGAAGGAUCAGAGGAAGAACCCAGAGGAAAUCUUUUGAGUUCGAGGACAUCCAGGGAUUCUGCAAGCGAAAGGUAGCCACCAGCUCCCACAAACUUCAGGAAGAGAUAGAAGGCACCACAGGAUCCAGGCUUUUCUAUACACAGUCAGAAGACAACAUCUGUGAGGACAUUAUCUGUCCUGUGAAAGAAAAUCCCUAUGAAAAUAUCAGAGUGCUGCCUUUACCUCUGUGGAAGAUCCCAUCUGUCUGGAGGUUGCCACCUUCCCAGAGUACCAUUAGGGCUCCCAAGCAGCUCUCCAAGCCUCCCUUUCUCAGUCGUAAGACUCUGGAGCUAAAGCCUUCCCAGACACGUUCACAAAGGAAGAUGUUGAAGGACAUAACACUGCCUGUCACGCUGAACGAGUGGAAGCUGUUUGGAGUAGCAGAAGCUGCUAGCAGGAGAAAGAAUUUGCCCUGGCUUGUACUGAAAAUACAGGAGAUCUUUGAUUCUAAGUGUGGAAAGAAGAGAGUGAAGUUGCUCAGUCCCAGUGGGAAAGAAGUUCCUCCAAUGAAAGGUGAAACCAGUGGGAAUGAAAGCAAUACAGAAAAUUGGCCAAAAGGUCAACACAGGUGCCUGCUGCAGGUGCAGUCAAGUUGGAAGAAGAACGCACACUACCAAACAUUGGAGAGGGAUUUGAUAGAACUCCAGGAGCAGCAGCUAUUUGAGCUAUUUGUGGUGGUGUCACUGCACAAGAAGGCAUCAGAGAUGACAUACACACCACAGAUCAUACAGCAGUUUCCCAGCAAGCCUGAACAUCCCAUGAGACAGUCAAAGGAUACUGAAGAGAGGCUAAAGGUCAUUCCCAAAUUCUGCUUUCCAGAUCCCAAAGACUGGUUUCCUACCUCAGACCUUAAAAGUGAAACAUUUUCUUUUGUGUUGACGGGUGAGGAUGGCAGCCGCUGGUUUGGGUACUGCAAGAAGCUCCUGCCAGAAGGGAAAGGAAAACGCCUUCCGGAAGUAUACUGCAUUGUCAGCCAUCUAGGCUGCUUCAACCUUUUCUCUAAGAUUUUAGAUGAAGUGGAGAAGAGACGAGAUAUGUCACCAGCCCUAGUGUACCCAUUUAUGCACAGUGUCAUGGAGGCACCUUUCCCUGCUCCUGGACGUACUAUUACUGUGAAGAGUUUCCUGCCAGGAGCAGGAAAUGAGGUUAUGGAACUCUGCCGUCCACUGGAUUCUCGCCUUGAACAUGUGGACUUCGAGUGCCUGUUUAAGUGUUUAAGUGUCUCUCACAUGAUUCGUGUCUUUGCCUCUCUCCUGCUGGAAAGGAGGGUGAUCUUGGUUGCUGACAAUUUAAGCACUCUGUCCAAAUGUGGCCAUGCUGCAGUGGCAAUGCUUUAUCCCUUUUCUUGGCAACACACAUACAUACCAGUCCUUCCUGCUUCCAUGAUUGAUAUUGCCUGCUCUCCGACCCCAUUCUUAAUUGGCAUUCUCUCCUGCUCAUUACCACAGCUUCAGGACCUGCCCAUAGAAGAGGUACUGAUCGUUGAUCUUUGUGCUGACCGGUUUUUGCAAGAGGUAUCAGAUGAGGAUGAGAUCCUGCCUCAUAAGCUCCAGGCUGCACUUGUACAAAUCUUGGAGGAACGAAAUGAAAUCCUGUCUCAGGAGCAGAGUAGCACACAAGGCGAUAUGUCUCUUAACUCCCUGGUCUCUGAAGCUUUUGUGCAGUUCUUUGUGGAGAUUGUUGGACACUACUCUCUACACAUGAAUGUCACAGAAAAAGGGGAGCGCAUGUUUCAGUGGGAGUUGUUCCGAAAAUCUCAUAUGUCACGUAAUGUGCGGCAUUUCCUGCACUUAUUCAUGGAAACACAGAUGUUUGCAGGGUUCAUACAAGAUCGAGAGCUGAGAAAGAGCACGGUCAAAGGUCUUUUUGAGAUCCGUGCCUUGGAGUAUUUGGAAAGUGUUCCAGAGAUUGAGCCAAGAGGAAUGAGCAAAAUCUUCCGGAGUCUUGGAAGCAAAAUGCGUUUUCUUCAGAGGAAAUGA